GAGGCAGGUUCAGGCGAGCCGCGCCGCUUCUGCUGUGCGGGCUGCCGCGCCGACGGCCGCCGCGCCGCCUCCCUCUCCGGACGGUGGAGAAGCAGAGGCAUGAAUACCUCGAGACCUACAUUUUCAUGCUUGCUUGACUUGCAAAGCAGUAGCCUACCUCUUCAAGUCUUCUCCUAACAGCGUGAAAUCUGGUCAAACAUUGUUGGUGCAUUUUGGUACUGGAAUGAUGACUACUCCAGAAGCUGUCAAGAAGACACAGAACUAUGCUAGUGUGCAUGAGGCAGUGAGAGCUGGAGAUGUAGAACAACUUGCAGCCAUGAUACGAAGUGGAGCUGGCAUUAACGAGGUGGAUUUAGUCCACAAUUUCACACCUUUGCACUGUGCUGCACACUCUGGCAGUCUGGAGUGCCUUCACUGGUUGCUCUGGCAUGGAGCUGAUGUAACACAGGUAACUGGCAGAGGCUGGACAGCAGCUCACCUUGCGGCCAUCCGAGGUCAGGAUGCUUGCAUGCAGAACCUGAAUGUUUCAGACAUGUAUGACUGGAAACCUGUUCAUUAUGCUGCUUUCCAUGGUCGCUUGGGGUGUUUGCAGCUUCUUGUUAGAUGGGGAGCAUGUAUAGAUGAUGUGGAUAACAAUGGAAACCUUCCAGCUCACCUGGCAGCAGUAGAAGGACAUUUGCCUUGCUUUAAAUUCUUGGUCAGUAAAAUGGCCAGUGUUGUGCAUGCAUUGGAAGCCAGGAAUGACCAAGGAGAGACUCCAAGGGACUUGGCCGAGCGAUUCUAUAAAGAUAAUAUUCUGCAAUAUAUUGAUGGUGUGGAAAAAGAGGGGAAGCAUCCAGAGACACAGGAUGUUUUAGCUUUCCCAGCUCAUGGUGCUGCUUUCAAAGGGGACUUGUUAAUGCUUAGAAGAUUAGUGAGAAGUGGAGUAAUCAAUAUCAAUGAGCGGGAUGAUAAGGGAUCCACUCUCAUGCACAAAGCUGCUGCGCAGGGGCAUGUCCAUUGCUUGCAGUGGUUGAUUGAAAUGGGAGCUGACUGUGAUAUUAAAAAUGAUGCUGGAGAGACUCCAAAGGAUGUAGCCAAGAGGUUUGCCCAAGGGGCAGCUGUGGAUCUUUUGACACAAAUAACUGGAGACAGUAACCCUAGUGAUGAAGAGCUAGAUGCAAGCAAUGACAAGUUUUUUGAAAGACAUGGUGUGGAAGGGAGCACAGAUAGAAAAGAAGAUUUAACCCUGGACAAAGAGCAGAAGAAGAACGCACGCAUAAGGGCCUAUCGCAAGAUUCAAGAGCUUCAGCAUCUUCUAGAAAUUGCCUACAGCAACUACAGGCAGCUGGGAGGAAUAACUGAGGAGAAGAAGAAGAUGAAAAAAGAGGAAAGGGAGGUUGAGAGGGCUGUGAGGGAGCUGGAGGCCCAGCUGGAACAUGAGCGUGUCAGGCGGGAGAAGCUGGAGAGCCAGCUGGAUGGCUGCCGUGCUGAGAUAAACCACCUUCGAAAGAGCCUGGAGAAAACCUGCAUGCCCACCUCUCUCCCCGUGGAAGCUGAGACCAUCUCCAAGCCUUGCAAAGAGAAGAAGAAAGUAAAGAAGAAACCAGCCUUCAGCCCUGGAGGAGUGUUUGUGAGACUGCGCUGAAGGAUGAACUUCAGAGGAGGGUGCAAAGGAGAAAGAGAAAAGAUGUUACAAAUUGAGAAACCUGCUGACCAAAUUCAUCAGCCAUGUAAGUGUUACCAUCCCAUGUAUGCUAUUAUUCUUCUACAUUUUUUCCUCCUCAUGGGGCAAUUUAUGCUUGAUCAAAUAUCUUAAACUGGUGUGUUCCAUCUGUAUAAUCAUAUAUAAUCUGUUGGGAAUUUUGGUCAGAAUAAAGAGAUUAUUUUGUAA